UGUUUUACCCAACAAUACAGUGGCUAUAUGUCUCCAGAAUAUGCUAUGGAAGGAUUAUUUUCAGAGAAAUCAGAUGUGUUUAGCUUUGGAGUUUUACUAUUAGAGAUUAUAAGUGGAAGAAGAAACUCAAGCUUUUAUAACAAUGAGCAGUCUCUUAGCCUUCUAGGAUUUGCAUGGAAAUUAUGGAAUGAGGGAAACAUUGUACAGCUAAUAGACCCAGAAAUAUCUAAUCAAAACCUGGAGAAGGAUAUAUUGAGGUGCAUACACGUAGGACUUCUAUGUGUACAAGACCUUGCAAUAGAGAGGCCAAGUAUGAGCACUGUAGUUUCUAUGCUUAAUAGUGAGAUUGUCAAUCUUCCUCCUCCAAGGCAACCUGCGUUCAUCCAAUGGCAGAGUAUAUUGAAUCAAUUGACCCCAGAAGAGAAUCAAAGAUUAUUUUCCAACAACGAACUUAGUAUUAGUGACAUACAAGGCAGAUAGCUACAUUACCAAUUUAUGAGUAAAAUAACUGUUUUGAUAAAUCACUUCCUAGUUGUUAUAUUCUUGGUGGUAUGAUGUACUAGUGUUGUGCAUGAGCUUUGUCUAUUUUUUGUUUUCUUUUUUAACUUAA